UAGGUUAGAUUACGAGCUACGCUACCGCAGCUACCGCUGCCGUUGCUGUAUCUGCUCUGAGCUGUAACGCUUCUGAUUCGUGAUUCCUUAUUUCUUUGUAGUUUCCUGUGAUGUUUUAUCAUCAAAAAUUUGUCCACACUUGUGAAUAAUGAUACUUAUGAAAUUUACCAUGGAGCAGCUGAUACGAAGAGGCGUCUUAUCGGCAGUAGUACUCACACGCAGGUCGAGAUCAUUUCCAGUUCUUGGCACAAGUUAUGUCCAGCAACGUAGAGGCAAGAAAAGCGACAGCAAUACAAACUUACCGGAAUCUUUAUUUCAUCCUGUGCCUAUCAAACCAAAUCCGGAUGAUAUAAAUGUUGGUGCUGAAUUAACUGGAUCUUUAUUAAAAAAGACAGAUCUCCUGAAAAUAUUGAAUACCUUCUCGCAGAAGACAGAGAUCAAAGAACUGGCUCAACAAUAUGGAUUGCAUAGCUACCUCCAGGGACAAGCUUUCACAAAUUUUAAACAAUAUUGUUUAGAAACGGAAUCCUUACCUGUGGAUCUCCAUAUAGUACUGAGUGAUAUCCUGCAAGGUGCUGGAAAUGUCACUGACAUUUUUCCUUAUUUUAUAAAUCAUGCCAAGAAAAUAUUUCCGCAUAUCGACUGCUUGGAUGAUCUCAAGAAAAUUGGCGACCUACGUAGUCCUGCUACUUGGUAUCCUCUGGCAAGAUCAAAAAAUAGAAAGAUAAUUUUUCAUGCCGGACCAACAAAUAGUGGAAAGACUUAUCAUGCUCUAGAAAGAUUUAUUACCGCAAAAAGUGGAAUAUAUUGUGCACCGCUAAAAUUAUUAGUUGCAGAAGUGUUUCAUAAGUGCAAUGAAAGAGGAACACCAUGUGAUUUAUUAACUGGAGAAGAACGAAAAUAUGUCAAGGGUCAGAAUAUUUCAGCCAAUCAUUUAUCUUGUUCAGUAGAAAUGGCGAAUUUACAAAAUAAUUAUGAAGUAGCUGUAAUUGACGAAAUUCAAUUAAUGCGUGAUCCCACUAGAGGCUGGGCAUGGACAAGAGCUCUUUUGGGAAUUCCUGCCGAUGAGAUACAUUUAUGCGGUGAAGCUGCUGCUAUAGAAUUGGUAGAAUCUAUAUGCCUUUUAUCGAGUGAAAACGUAGAAGUUCGCAGAUAUAAACGAUUAACGGACCUAGAGAUAGAGAAUCAUGCUCUUGAAUCUUUGAAUAAUGUUAAGCCAGGAGAUUGCAUAGUCUGCUUUAAUAAAAAUGAUAUCUAUACCGUGUCGCGUUCUCUUGAGAGCAGGGGAAAGGAAGUGGCUGUAAUAUAUGGUGGUUUACCACCGGGUACCAAAUUGGCGCAAGCUGCAAAAUUUAACGAUCCUAAAAAUUCUUGUAAAAUCUUAGUAGCGACCAAUGCCAUUGGAAUGGGUUUGAAUUUGCAUAUCCGGAGAAUUAUUUUUUAUUCGUUGAUACAGCCAACAACUAACGAAAAAGGUGAAAAAGAAAUGGACGUUCUGUCUGUGUCAGCGGCUUUGCAAAUAGCAGGUCGCGCUGGACGUUACGGCUCAGUUUGGAAUAAAGGCUACGUAACAACGUUUAAACGAGAGGAUCUGCCGACUUUAAAAAACUUGUUGAGUCAAACACCAGAGACAAUAACAAAAGCUGGUCUUCAUCCAACAGCAGAUCAAAUUGAAAUGUAUGCUUAUCAUUUGCCAAAUACGUCCUUGUCAAAUAUUAUGGAUAUUUUUGUAUCGUUGUGCACAGUCGAUAAUUCUCUUUACUUCAUGUGCAACAUAGACGACUUCAAGUUCCUAGCUGAUAUGAUACAACAUGUUUCGUUGCCGCUUCGUGCGAGAUACGUGUUCUGUUGCGCACCGAUUAAUCGACAAUCGCCAUACGUGUGCACCAUGUUCUUGAAGUUUGCACGUCAAUACAGUAAAAAUGAAGCAAUAACAUUUAACUGGUUGUGUCAACACAUCGGAUGGCCCUUUCAAACGCCAAAAACCAUCCUUGAUUUGAUCCACUUGGAGAACGUCUUUGAUGUGUUGGAUCUUUACCUGUGGUUAAGUUACCGCUUCAUGGAUUUGUUCCCGGAUGCUGAGAUGGUCCGUGACAUACAGAAGGAACUUGAUGCUCUCAUUGAAACAGGAAUAGUUAAAUUAACGACUUUAUUGCUGAACUCUGAUGCAAGUGGAGAUACCGACAGUUUUGAGUUGCAAACACAAAAGCAAAAUUUUUAUAGAGAUUUUCAAAAAACCGGCAAACGUAACAUAGGUAAAGGCAAAUUGACUAAAAGAUUAUUAGAAGAGGGAGUUUUAACACCACAGAUGUUACGCGAACUGGAAUCCGAAUGGAAUUCAACAAAAAAGAAAAAAUAAUAUUAUUGUGUAUAGUAACAAAAUAUUGAAAUUGAUUUAAAAAAAUUAUUUUAUUAUAAAAAUAAUUGACAUGAUUACUGAAAUACAUAAUAAGUGAAAAAACUAAAGAAAAAUAAUUAUGUUAAAAUAAUGUGAGUAAUGAUAUAACUUUUAUUUACAAUGUAUAAGUAAUAGCAAUAUUAUGUGUACAAUUUUUUAUAUAAAAGAAUCAAGUUAUUAUAAGUCCUAUUAUUAUAAGUAUUAUUUUAAUAUUUAACAUAUUGUGUUCAUACAGAUUUAUUCAUGUAUACACAGCUUAAAUAUUUUUUUAUAAAACUAAAACUUUUGAAUUUUAUUUUUUUUCGUAUUACUUUUCUCUAUGAGAUUUUUGAUUGCUCGUUUUAACGUCAUAUUAUCUUCAUUUGUAAAUUGCAAUAAUUUAUUUAAUGUACUAAAUUCUAAUCAUAAUAUUCAAACGAAUUGUUAUUAUAAAUUUGAUUUGUAUAUUGAUCUGUAUAUCUGUGCUUUUUACAUUUAAUAUGAAAUAGAUUUGAAAUUUGGGAAGAAGAAUGUUGAAAAAAAAGGAAUAAGCACAAAGAACGAUUUCGGCAGCUGUCGACAAUGUUAUAAUUAUUUUUGUAUGAAAUUACAUGCCGAUUGUCCGUAGUAAUAGCACAAAAUGUGCACAUUGAACUAUGUAGUCAAAUAUCUAUGAAUCCCGUAAGUAAUGUGCAUGACUUUUUGAGUCUCUUCUAUGCCAUGUCCACAUUUAUUCGAUUCUGUUUCAUGCUAUACUCGUAAAUUGUACAAUUAUAUGCAUUCAUAUUUUAAA